UGAAAAAUAACGGAGGGACUAUAUAUAACCCUUCACUCUGUGUGUCUGUGAAACCCCAAUCAGUGGCUUCAUCAAAAAUCUCAGAACCACAAUAUGAGCACUAAUGGGAGUCCUGCUCCUCCUUGCACCAGAUCCUGGUCGAUAAGCGAGGAUUCGUUGAGGAGGUACGUGCAUUAUGCGAGCGAGAGCUGCAUACAAGAGCUGUUGUCGGCGUCGGAUUCCGGCGGAGGCAGCGGCGACGGGUGGAAGGUGCAGGGAGUCGAGAACGGCGUCGAGAUAUCGAGGCGGCGGUCCGGCUCACUUCAUACCUUCCGCAGCCGCUGGCUCCUCCGAUCUCUCUCCCCUCAGCAAUUCAUCACCGUCGCUAACGCCAUUGAUGCUGCUAAGCAAUGGGACUCAGAUCUAAUAGAGGCAAGAUACAUAAAAGAUUUGGAAGACAACCUAAGCAUAAUUCGUCUAAGGUUUGGAGAUAACUCUAAACCUCUCUUUCGCAAUAGAGAAUUCAUUGUCUAUGAACGUCGAGAAACCAUGGAAGAUGGCACCUUGGUAGUAGCAGUGGCAUCAUUGCCAAAGGAGAUAGCAGCAGGAUUGCAUCCAAAGCAAAGCAAUGCAAUCAGAGGAUUAUUGUUGCAGUCAGGAUGGGUUGUAGAGAAGCUUGAAGAUGAUUCCUGUGUUGUCACUUAUGUUGUUCAGUUGGAUCCAGCAGGUUGGCUGCCCAAGUGCUUUGUGAAUCGACUUAACACGAAAUUGGUCAUGAUCAUUGAAAACCUUAGGAAAUUAGCCCAAGCUUCUCCAACUCAUGAUCCCCAAACAUGAUCAUUGAUCAAUUUUCCCUUGUAUAAAAUCAAAUUAUCAAUAUUAGUAUAAAAAAUAUAAAAUUUAUAAAAUGCUCUGCUAUUCGUAA